AUGCGUGAAAUAAUGACCAAAAAUGUUCUUUCAAUUGGCCAUUCAAUUUACGAUUUCGGAUUUCUUUUGAAUUUCAACUGUUCUGUAUCGGUUUCCGCCCACGAAAUCAAGCCAUGUGAUGUCAGCUGUGAUGUUGUUACAAUGAACUUCGAAGACUUGAACAAAAUAGUCUUCGUCGAUGGAAUGAAAAUUCGAGAAAGAUUUGAUUUCUCAUUAAAUUUUGUUUUGAUGAGAAACUGUUUUACAGCGUUUCUCCAGUAUUGGUACAAUAUAUACAACGCAUGUUCAGCAACACCUUUGUUCUCUGAAGGACUUUUAACUUCAUUUUUAUGUUUCUUUUCUUUGAUUCCAAUUUUUUCGCUGUCACUUUUUAAUGAAAAAAAGAAAAAUGAAGAGUUUUUAGAACUACCUGAAUAUUACAAGGCAUCUAAUAAUGUUGAAGUAUAUAAGAAGGACCUGAUUAUUAAGAUUCUUUCGUGUUGUAUUUCUUCUUUUUGUUUCUUGAAAUUAUCAAAUUUAAUUUUAUCAAAAAGUCAAGAAUUUUCAACUACUAUCAGCUUGAACGUGUAUUCAUACACAUUAUCUAUUUGUUUGAUGUCUUUCUGUAUAGGAUCUGUAAUUGCAAGUACUCAUAUUUGGUCUGGAAUUCAUUUGUUUUUAAUUUUAUCUUCUUUUGUUUUGUUUGUUACGUUUUUCAUGAUAAAAACAAGCAAAGAAUCUGUUGGAAGGGAAUUCAACGCUUUAUUCGCUGCUUUCUCUUCUCCUAUUAUUCUUUUGUUUGUUUUCUUUUCUUUGAUUUUGUCUUUAUUUGUUCAAUACAGUUAUAAUUUGAUUUUCUCUCUGUUUUCUUCGCCUCUGAAGAAGGAAGAAGACAGUGAACAAGAUAUUUUAAGCUCAAGAUUGAGGAAUGACUCUGUAUCUAUAUUUGAUAACGUAGAUGAUGACUCAAUAGAUGAAGAAGUUUAA